ACUGCAGGGGAGUAGCAGAUGUUCACCUCAUCUAAUAGCAAAAUAAAGUUAAGACUAGUUUUUAAGACUAGUUUUAACAUUUAUCAGGAUUUAACAGACGGAUUAAUGGCGUUGAGAUAAAAAAGGAGGCUUAUUAAAGUCAUCACAGACCAUUAAUGCCUGGGCGGUCCACUUAUCGGAGAUCUAUUAUAGUUCAAAUAGUUAUUUUUGUUGCUCUGAUUGAGCAACAAAGUAGGUGAACUAGGAUGUGUAUGUAGGUCACUUUAUCUCUAAGAUGUAUAGUUCAUCUCAGCACUUCGUCUGUGUUUCAUAAAGAAGUACGUUGUCAGAACACUGGUGGGAAACAGCUUGCAAACAGCAUAUACAACUCUUGUGGUUUCCGAGUUGCUGACAUUCUUCUUAUUGCUUUAUACAUACUUCAGGUCAGUGGAAACAGCUUAACAUCUGACUAUUCAUUACAUACAUCUUAUGUACAAAGUUAAUAUUAUAUGUUAUAGAAUGACAAUUGGUUCAGUUUACAGAAUAUAAUUAAAAAUUAAAGCCACAAAUUAAUCAUGGCACAGCAUACAGUAUAUUGAAAUGAUUGCCUUUAAGCCUUGUGUAGACACCCCACACACCUAUUCAACAUCAAUGAAACCAAAAAAGUCGAGUGCAUGCAAACAAACGCACACAGACACAACGUAUUUGGCAGUGUGUAAAAAGGAAAAAGGAGAAAUGUACUUAUCUCCACGAAGAAGCUUCCUGUUAUUGUGUAUCUGGUGAUGUACAUUAAGCCGUCAUUGAAUCUUUCAACAUCCAUGUGGUUGUAAUUUGAGGCAUCAUGGGCGUAUUCCGUAUAAAUGAACGGGCAGAUUCAGAAAUCAUGUGGGGAAAUUUCAUCAUGUGUAAGUUCUGUUAAUUUAAUCUGUAUUUAUAUGCCUAUAUGACUUUAUGUUUGUAUAUGAACACACAAAGUUAACCUUUAGUCUGAUAUGGUUGUUGGUCAUUUCCAUACAGAUUUAAUGUAACAUAACACCAGAUGCUUUGAAAGUGCUAUUUUGAAAGCCAUAAUCAUUGUGAAGAUAUAAUACUAAAUACUAAAGAUUAGGGCCAUAGCUACUUCACUCCAACACUGUGGAACACCCUACCCAGUUACCUUAGAAAUGCAAGUUAUCCUGCAUGUUUAAAAGUCAACUCAAGACCUACUUGAUCAGGCAGGCUUCUAGUUAAUGUAUUAAAUGUUUAUCUCUUAUUGCUGUCAUUUAUUUUUUUAUUAUUCUUACAUAAAUAUAUAGUAUUUUGGUUUUAAUGCAAUACUGGACAUGCACAUUGAGCUGCAUUUAAUGUACAAAAGGUGCUAUAUAAAUACUAUUAUUAUUGUACAAAAUACACAAAAAAACUUUGUUUUCUUAGUUUCAUUUCCUUCAAAACUUCAAAAGCACUGAGCUUUGAAGCCAAUUCGACAUUGUGGCUAAACCAUGUAAAUAACAUUUUAUAACUGUACCCCCUUUCAAGUUAAUAGAGGCCUAAACUGAAAGUCAGCCAGCUCAGCGGAAGUCUGUGGUCUGCUUGUUCUGGCAGCAAAAUGCAGACACAUAUGUAUAUAUAUUAUACAUAUGUGUAUUCAAUAUUAUUAAAUAGAAACUAUUAUCCUCCCAGAAACACCUUUGCUGCCAAAUCAAACUUCUUGUUUUUAAACAAAACACAGUCUGACAGAUUCUACCACCAGGCAGCUAAAUUCUAACAACAGCAUGCUGACAUGCUCAAAAUAACAACCAAUGUCACUGCUAACAGGAUGAUGUUUGGCUGGUACUGUAUAUUAGCAACACAAAAAAUGUCAACUUCAUGGUAUCGCUAGAAGAGAAGUUUCCCAUAAACACUAUAAACUAGAGGGGCUAACAAAAUGCAACAUCUUGUUUAUGUUGUUAAACUUGUAACUUCUGAUUUGUGGUAGCAUAGCUUUUAUUUCUGAUUUUGAUUUGAAUGUAAAUUAUGUUUAAAAACUUACCAAACUGUUUAUCAAACACUGUAUUAACACACACACACACACACACACACACACACACACACACACACACACACACGUUUGCACAGCUUUCUUUGACUUAAUUCAUUGUGAACUCUAAUGUUGACCAUAGUCAAUCCCUGCCUAACCCUAACCUUAACCUAACCUCAGUUCACACCUUACCCCUAACUAGGACCUCAGAAAUGACACUUUAACUGUUUACAUUAGGACUGCUCUUGGGUCCCCAUGAGGACUACUGGUCCCGACAACGUCAGUGUUUAUAAGAAAAGGUCCCCAAUAGGUAACAAAAAUGUGCACCCAUACACACAUGAUUUCAUUUUGACUCUAAACAUAUUUCAAAACUUUUCCUGUUAUAUUUGGCAAUGAAGUUCAUCCCAUAACUCUCACACAAAUACUCACAUGUUGUGUGAUACACUUACUCACACACCUGGCCUGUUUAUCAUGUGUGUUAUGUGUACCAAACUAAAACUAAAGCCAACUGCUUCUAGUCAACCAUCACAGAAGUGCAGUACUAAUGAAUUAAGCAAUGCAAAUCGUAACCCCGCAGUGAGUCGAGUGAUUAGUCAUUUCCGAAGAAAGUCUCAUUGUUUGGCUGCAAUAAUAAAGGCCAGUUAUCAUGGUGAUCACUGUGUAGUUCUUGUGGCUACAGUUGUGUGUUUCAACCUGCCUGCCCUAAAACAACAUCCAAAAUACUGCCAUGACAUGUGGACUGUCACACCUAACAUUGAAACAGCAUUACUCAUUCCUAAACGGUAAACAAGCUGUGGUAACAUUUCUUUCUUUCUAAUGAGCUACAGUACAGUUGGAAUCUAUAUUUAUUUGAUAUGAACGGUUCACCAACUGUUUUAUCCUUGUCUGAAUGUAUGAAAGGCAUCUUUUGGCAACUCACUCCCUGGCACAAACUCUCACGGACAAAGCUUCUUUUUUGGCUUUGUGUUAGAUGGAAAAACACACAGGCAUACAAGUUUACACUGAUGUCAGCGAUGCAAGGUCCCUCCGGCACCAACAUGAGUAAGUGUAAGUCUGGCUCUCCUCCAGACGAGACAUGAUGACAUUUACAGACCCAGCUGAGCUGAAUCAGCCAGCCUUGAUAAAGAGAAGAAAGAGGGUACUCCUCACACACUCUCACUCAGCCUCUUUGAGAAGAGGGGCUGGCAUGGAAAAUAAAAAAAACCCACAUCCGGGUGAAUGGAUUUCAAGCUCAACUUCACGUAGAACAAACCAAGUUUUAAAGUCAGUCUGGGAGAUAAGCUCUUGGUGCUGGCCUGGUUCUAUCACAGGAAAAGGGAUCUCGGCCUCUAGAGGAUGGCUCCGUCGGUUCUUGCUGCUGAAGCUGGUGACGGUGCUGCUGUUCCCCCGCAGUGUAGGCCUCCCCCUGCUGGUGGGCUGUAUGUUCAGCCUGCGGGUCCUGUUGCUGCUACGCUCCCCUCACAUCUCCACCAAGCCCUCCACUGUGUUCCUGGGCCAGCUGGCUCUCACAGACAGUCUUGUGCUGCUGCACUGGAUGCUUCAGCUGGGAGCGACACUAGCCUGGUGGAUGGAGGCGGGCUGUGAGAUUAACAUGGGCGUCAUGAAGGAGGGGGGGUCAGUUUGGUGGAGGGAGGCUGUGAGUGUGCUCUGUCAGCAGCUGCUUGAUGCACAUUACCUAGCCUCUCUGCUCCUGCUGGGGCUGCUGGGACUGGAGGCCACGCUGGUGUCACGAUGGCCUCAGCAGACUCGGAGAUUCAGGACUUCUCGCUGGGCUCAGCUGAGCUGCAGCUUGAUCCAGGCGCUUGUGCUGCUAGAACUGUUGUUCUCGCUUCAUUCAAAACUCAUGCAGGACUCCAGGCAUCAGACUUAUUCCUUAACACUACAAAACUCCCAAACGUCUUCUCUGGGCCUGCCUCUUCUGUCUCUUCCAGCUUUCUCCUCCUGCAUGAGGAGGACAUUAUGGUUGGUGAAUUUAUGGCUGCAUUAUGCUGUCCUCUAUAUCAAACCACAGAAGAGAAAGAGCUUCUUUCAUUAAACGCUUUGGCAGUAAAAUACAAUGAAUUUGACCAAAGAUAUUGUCUAUUUUAUUUUAUUUAUAUAAUAAAACUAUAUUUAAUAAUUGCUGAUAUUGAUCUUUAUAUAAGCCUUAAAGCAAGACUGUGUAUCUAACUAUUGUUUGCUAAAAUUAACAAACAUUAGUCACCCUAAGCUUCUGGUGAUACCAGAUCAACCAACAGUAGCAAAAGAUAAGAUAAUCCUUUAUUGAGACCCCAGAGGGAAAAUUUCAGUGUUACAUGAGAACAACUGAGUGUGUUAAAUACAUAAAGGGUGAUUUGUUUUUAUUGCUUCUGCACUCAGCGUCUCAUUUGUAAAAAGGAUUACAUUAUUUUUUCUCUCAAAACAUACAGACAAAAGAAGAAAAACAAACAAGUCAGUACAGUCUGAGUGCUGUAGGCAGGGUUGCUGCUUUCAGAUCCUUUAUUAAAGUGGAAACUAUUUGAGUGUGUUUGUGUUGUAUAUGUUGUUUUGUGCCAUUUUACACUGUAUGCAAGUGUAUGGGUGUAUUUUGUAAAUGUGUGUGUAUGAGUGUGAAUGUUUGGAUGCAUGUGUGUAUGUAGAUGUAUGUAUAGUUUUAUAUUUCCAUGAUACAAUCAUGUAUAGAUAACUGAUAAAUGAUUACUUUUUAUUACUGUAAAUUUUGCUUCUAUUCCGUUGUUUAACUGGAAGCAUGAAUUCUAAUAAACUCAACUCAAGAGGCCAACUUCAACUGCAAAUAAUGACAUAUUUAUUAAAGGCACACUAUGCAAGAUUUUUACCUUAAUAUAAGAGCUUCAAAGUCAUUUUGAUGGUAAAUGAACUCGUAGUAUAGCGAAUCAUCCCAAUAGCAAAGGACGCCGUUGGCUCAACCAGCAAUGCAAGUCUGAAAGGUGGCGUCCGGCCAAAUCUUGCGAGAAUCACGAAUUGCUUUAUGGUGCGACGUCACAUACAUCAGCGACAUAAGAAGCAGCCUCAAUGGAAGACACUAGCAGGCAUUCACUCAGACGUUACCUGAUCAGUAGACAUCUUCGGAGUCUAUCUUUGCCUGUUCGAUGUGCAGCGCUUCCAUCCUACUGAACAUGUACCAGUAUACAGGGGGGAGGGGAUCAGGCUGUGAGUGCAGAGAUGCAGAGCCUUAUAUAGACGGCUCUAUGUUAAAUAAAAUGUUAAACGUUAAAUACAAGUACUCCGCAGCGACUCUAGGGGUAGCUGUUUGACCAAACCGGAAAACUGCAUAGUAUGCCUUUAAGCCAACGAGACAAAUCUCUCAUAAUUUAUUGGAUUUCUCAAUUUACUGAUUAUCCCAUGACCUCUUUUUGUUUUACUUUGCUUCUUGUUGUUUUUUUUAUCCUUAUUUGCUUGUUGUUUACUGUCUUUAUAAUGUGAAAAUUGCUUAUGAAUGAAAAGUUUAAAGUUUAAAAAGAUGAACUACAUGCACUGUAUGCGUGAUAAAGCAAAGAUAUUGUGAAAUGUGACUUUUCUUCCGUUUACUUUUGAAGUAAGCUGAUCUCACAUAUUAACAGUGAGAGAUUAUGAUCUGUUUUCAUAAUGUUAACAUGUUCUCAUCUUGCAGUCCCUUGUUUGUGUGAUCUGGCAGACUGCCCAGGAAAAGAUGUGAAAUUAAAUGACAGGACUCUGAAGAACAAAUGUUUGUGGUAUAUCAGCACACAGCAACAUCUUAAGUAGGAUUUUAUUUCAUGUUGUAUUCACAGUUAAUAAUGUGUGGUUAAAGGUG